AUGGACAAUGAGCAACUUACCGAGGAGGAGGACAUGCACACACGCACAACCCAGACUGUGGCGCCCGAGCCCACAAGCGUGCUCCACAGAGGAGGCAGCCGGUCACCAAACGCCGUGACCAACGCACCCAAACAAAGACAUAUGCGUGCGCGCUGCGCGUUCCCGUGUCUUUAUGGGCACUGCUCGGUGACGCCCACCAAUCAGCUCAGGACGGCUUCCUCUGGAUCACUUCCUGAUCCUGACCUGUCUGACCAACCAAAGAGAGGAAGCCCUCAGGGCUCAGAACAUGGGAUUAUCAAAGAGUUUAUCUGCAGCGAGAAAAGUGAAGGAAUUGUGACCUCAGAGGGAGAGGUCCUGGUGGGUCCUCUGGUUUCUCUCUCGCUGGUCUCUCUCUCUCUCUGUGGUCUCUUACUCUCUGGUCUCUCUCUGGUCUCUCUCCUCCUCCUCCUCCCCCCUCCCUCUCGCGGUCUCCUCCCCCCCACCCUCCCCCGGUCUCCUGACCCCCUCUGGUCUCCCCUGGUCUCCUCCCCCGGUCUCCUCCCCCCUCCCUCCCCCGGUCUCCUCAUCCCUGCCUCCCCCCUCCCUCCCCCGGUCUCCUCAUCCCUGCCUCCCCCCUCCCUCCCCCGGUCUCCUCAUCCCUGCCUCCCCCCUCCCUCCCCCCUCCCUCCCCCGGUCUCCUCACCCCGCCCCAGGACCAGCGACACGUGCCUCCCAAACUCUCCUGUCCUGAUCUGGGUCAGACGGCUCAGCUCCAAAAUCACGUUGGAUGGAAUUUUCCCGUGUCCUAAAAGCUGCUUCCUCGUCCCGGAGCCGAAGCCGGAGUUCCCACAUUCUCCUCGUGUAGGCAGAGGUUCCCUCCAGCUCCUGACGCUCCUGAAGCUCCUGACGCUCCUGAAGCUCCUGACGCUCCUGAAGCUCCUGAAGCUCCUGACGCUCCUGAAGCUCCUGAAGCUCCUGACGCUCCUGACGCUCCUGACGCUCCUGACGCUCCUGACGCUCCUGACGCUCCUGACGAUCCUGACGCUCCUGACGCUCCUGACGCUCCUGACGAUCCUGACGCUCCUGACGCUCCUGACGAUCCUGACGCUCCUGACGCUCCUGACGCUCCUGACGAUCCUGACGCUCCUGACGCUCCUGAAGCUCCUGACGCUCCUGACGCUCCUGAAGCUCCUGACGCUCCUGACGCUCCUGACGCUCCUGACGCUCCUGACGCUCCUGACGCUCCUGAAGCUCCUGACGAUCCUGACGCUCCUGAAGCUCCUGACGCUCCUGAAGCUCCUGAAGCUCCUGACGCUCCUGACGCUCCUGACGCUCCUGACGCUCCUGACGAUCCUGACGCUCCUGAAGCUCCUGACGCUCCUGAAGCUCCUGACGCUCCUGAAGCUCCAACCCAGGACCUCCACGUCCAGUCCAGGACCUCCACGUCCAGCCCAGGACCACCACGUCCAACCGACGACCUCCACGUCCAGCCCAGGACCUCCACGUCCAACCCAGGACCUCCAUGUCCAGCCCAGGACCUCCACGUCCAGCCCAGGACCUCCAUGUCCAGCCCAGGACCUCCACGUCCAGCCCAGGACCUCCACGUCCAGCCCAGGACCUCCACGUCCAACCCAGGACCUCCACGUCCAGCCCAGGACCUCCAUGUCCAACCCAGGACCUCCACGUCCAGCCCAGGACCUCCACGUCCAACCCAGGACCUCCACGUCCAGCCCAGGACCUCCACGUCCAGCCCAGGACUACCACGUCCAACCGAGGACCUCCACGUCCAGCCCAGGACCUCCACGUCCAACCCAGGACCUCCACGUCCAGCCCAGGACCUCCACGUCCAACCCAGGACCUCCACGUCCAGCCCAGGACCUCCACGUCCAGCCCAGGACCUCCACGUCCAACCCAGGACCUCCACGUCCAGCCCAGGACCUCCACGUCCAGCCCAGGACCUCCAUGUCCAGCCCAGGACCUCCAUGUCCAGCCCAGGACCUCCACGUCCAGCCCAGGACCUCCACGUCCAACCCAGGACCUCCACGUCCAGCAGGAAGUCCAGCAGACGUCUCACUCUUGAAGCCUCAAACUGAUGCUUUUUUACUUUGA